GAACAGUCGUGUAUCACAUCCACUGUGAGCUCCUGUGCGGUCAAGGUUGCCCUCUGCUGAUCUCGAAUGCAUUCCUACCUAGAUCAUCCCUCCGGUACUGAUCACCCUCAAUUCCGCGAGAAGCGUCGGCGCUUACCUUGCGCGAAUAUCGAGCUCCCAAUCAGUAAUCAUCGACGGCGGCUACAGUUCUACGUUAAGUUCGAAAUCGGUAGUACUUCUCAUGAGUACAGAUGGAACCAGGAGUCCCACUUGUCCUUCGAAGUACCGUCCGAAGCCGCACCUCACGUCCGGGCGAAGAUCAGUCUAUGUGCCAAGAACGAGAAGGAGGACCUACGCCUCGCAUCGAAGGAAUGCGUGCUGGCGUCUUUGGUGCUGUCGGAGCUGACUUCCUCCAUCCAACUCGAUAUAUGCGAUGUCCGGCUUACCGAGGUGCCCAUUGUCAAGGUCGACGUGACCGUGCAUCCGCUGGAAAAGGCGACGCUCGAGAUCGUUGAUGCGCUCGAGAAGGCCUUGACCCUUCCUGCUAAGUGGGAUGCCAUGGGACGUUAUGUCAAGGUUGCAGUUCAGAUAGGCGGCGCCAUUGCGGAGAUCAAUCCCAUAGCGAAGGCUGUAUUCAAGUUGUUGGACAUAGGGGUUGGGGAGCUCGAGAGGAGAAAAGACAACAUGAACGACAUCGUUUCGCUUGUACAUGACGUGGGCGAAGCAAGCGCGGUCGUUAUUGCAGUUGACUCCCAAGGAUUUGAUGGGAAACGGGCUAGACAGAUCAGGGCGCGCGAUGCGCUUGUUCCGAUCGUCUUCCACGCUUUGUCCUACAUUCAAUCCUUGAAGCGAGGUGUGAUUUUGGCCAGAUUAUAUAGCUGAUACCUAUGCUCAACUCGUGGCCAUCCAGCCGAUCUUGUACGAGCUCAUACCAAUGACCAAGUGAGCAAGCUUCAACAGUCCCUUCGCAAGCUCGUUGUAGACAUCAAGGCGGGACAAGAAAUAGAUAUGCAGCAGGCACUCUUCAGAGUCGAGGA